CCGCGUUGGCUACUAGCAGCGCAGGGAAAGCUUUGUGCCCCCUCCCCUACCCAGUUGAUGCAGAAAAAGUUUUAGGAAACCGUACGAAUUUCAGCAUACCUGAGGGAUUUAAACGAUCUAACAAAGACUGGAAAGAGACCGAAUAAUUAAUCUGUGCAAGGACAGCUGCAAGUAACCAACCAACCGAAGGAUUUAAAUGGUCGCGAUUUCGGAGGUAGAAUAGUUUGCUGGGAGGGUAAUUUUACCGUCAGAUCUCGUCCACUCGUACUGUUCUAACCAGCGGUGUGGAUAGUUUAGAGGGACCGAAAAGCGCUGGUGAAAUGGCGGAAACCAAAAUAAUCUACCACAUAGACGAGGAGGAGACGCCGUAUCUGGUGAAGAUCCCUAUUCCUUCUGAAGAGAUAACACUGUUGGAUUUCAAACAAGUUUUGAACAAGCCGAAUUAUAAAUUUUUCUUCAAAUCUAUGGAUCAGGAUUUCGGUGUGGUGAAGGAAGAGAUUUCGGAUGAUGCUGCCAAACUACCUUGCUUCAAUGGGAGAGUUGUGUCAUGGCUGGUGUCCUCAGACAGUCCCCUUGCGGAGCCCCCUCCUCCCCCGGUGGAGGUCUGUACGGAGUCCUCUCCCCCUCCUCCCCCCCUGCCUCCCCUCCCGGUGGAGAGGACAGGGGGCAUCGGAGACUCCAGACCCCCCUCGUUCCAUCCCAACGUGGCGGGUAGUGUUGAGAACCUGGAUGAGCGUACCGAGACCGAGUCAGUGGUGUCAUUCAGAAGGGAGAGGCCCAGACGGAGGGAGAGCAUAGAGCAGCACGGGCCGCGGAUGAACGGUCAGAGCCGUCGGGAGCGCCACCUGGCAGGCUACGAGAGUGCCUCCACCAUCAUGAGCAGCGAGCUGGACACCACCAGCUUCUGUGACUCGGAUGACGACACCAUGAGCAGGUUCAGCAGCACCACAGAACAGAGCACAGCCUCUCGGCUACUGAAGCGCCACCGCAGACGCCGGAAGCAGCGCCCCACCAGGCUAGAGAGGGCGUCUUCGUUCAGCAGUGUGACAGACUCCACCAUGUCCCUCAACAUCAUCACUGUUACACUCAACAUGGAUAAAUACAACUUCCUGGGCAUCAGUAUCGUGGGUCAGAGCAAUGAGAGGGGCGACGGGGGUAUCUACAUCGGCUCCAUUAUGAAGGGAGGGGCUGUGGCUGCUGAUGGGCGGAUCGAACCAGGAGACAUGCUGCUUCAGGUGAACGACAUCAAUUUUGAGAACAUGAGUAAUGACGAUGCUGUCCGUGUGCUGAGAGAGAUUGUACAUAAACCUGGACCUAUUAUCCUGACAGUAGCUAAAUGCUGGGACCCGUCACCCCAGGGCUACUUCACUCUCCCACGCAUGUACACCCCCAUUGUUCUCCCAGAUGAGCCGAUCCGGCCCAUAGACCCGGCUGUGUGGGUGAGCCAUUCUGUGGCCCUGACAGGGGCCUACCCUCCCUACCCCGGCAGCUCCUCUCUCAGCACCAUCACUUCCAACUCCUCUGUGACCGAGACAGAGCGUGAGUCCCUCUGCCUGUCUCUGGCCCACAAAGGUUUUGAGGACUUCAACCUGUCCCUCCACUCUGACAUGGCGUCGGUGGCUAAGGCCAUGGCCUCUCCAGAGUCUGGUCUGGAGGUCCGGGACAGGAUGUGGCUCAAGAUCACCAUCCCCAAUGCCUUCCUUGGUUCUGAUGUGGUGGAGUGGCUCUACCAACACAUUGAGGGCUUCCAGGACCGUCGUGAAGCCAGGAAGUAUGCCAGUAACCUGCUGAAGGCUGGCUUCAUCCGCCACACUGUCAACAAGAUCACCUUCUCAGAGCAGUGCUACUACAUCUUCGGUGACUUCAGCGACUGUGAGAACUACAUGGCGAACCUCUCCCUGAAUGACAACGACGGUUCUAGUGGGGCCUCAGACCAGGACACCCUGGCCCCCCUGCCCCUCCCGGGGGCAACACCCUGGCCCCUGAUGCACACGUUCCCCUCCUACCAGUACACCUCCAACCCCUACUCCAGUCAGCCGCCCCCCUACCACGAGCUGUCCAGCUACAGCUAUGCCCCAGGCAGCACAGGGAGCCAGCACAGCGAGGGGAGCCGGAGCAGUGGCUCCACCCGGAGCGAGGGAGAGAGACGGAGGGGAGGGAAAGGCGGAGGAGGGGUGGGCAGUACUAGCGGCCGGGAUGAGAAGUCACCGGUAGGCGGUGACGGAGGCAGGGACUCUCGCUCAGGCAGCGGCAGCGAAUCAGAGUAUUCUGUACGGAGCAGCCUGAGGAGGGGGGAACAUGGAGGCUCGGCCACCCCCAGCGAACACAGCCACCAUAGCCACCUCAGCCAGCGCUCACACCACCGUGCACCCCCUCCACACCUCCAAUUCCCACAGGGCAUCCCCCUCUCAUACAACCCCAUGAUGCUUAUGAUGGUCCCCCAGCACCCCCAUCACCCUCACGUACACCCACACACCCUCCAGGGCAUGGGGCACACGGGGCCCUCGAUGCAGGGCCUGCCCCCUGGCACCACCCCCGGGGGACCUCCAGGGGCACCCCCAACCCGUGACCUGGGCUCUGUGCCCCCAGAACUCACCGCCUCGCGCCAGUCCUUCCACCUGGCCAUGGGAAACCCCAGUGAGUUCUUUGUGGACGUCAUGUAGGAGUGGAGACACUACAGAGGGCAGUGUCCCGAAUGGCACCCAAUUCCCUACGUAGUGCACUACUUUUGACCAGAGUCCAUUGAGCCCUGGUCAAAAGUUGUGCCCUCUGGGACUCACCCAGAGUAUGUAUAUGGGGAAGUUGGUGUGCAGAAUCAGAAGGAUGCACGCUGCAGCACAAGGCAACAUUAGAGCGGUACCAGCAACAUUCACAUGUUGCUUUGAUUCAUUUGAACUCUUCGAAAGCUUUAAAAACCCAGCCCAAACCAUUCUUCUAUGUCUUUGUGAUGUCAUUGGUUAACCAAGGUUUUUAUUAGGUGACUCUUCAUCUGACAGGAAUCCGUUAUCUUUGUUUCCUCUAGAUUGUUACCUAUCUGUGCCUUAUCUUACAAGCUGGUAAACAUCUAGAGGAAGCAAAGAUAACUAAUUCCUGUCAGAUGAGCAGUCACCUAAUAAAAACCUUAAAUUGAGCUUAAUCUAAGGUAAUAGGAAUACCUAUAUCUCUCUCUGUUAUUCAGACAGACAGGACAUGGGUACGUCAGUAUUAUUAUGUCCAUUUGUACAAUAUGAAAACAGAACAAAAAAUGAAUAUUCAAGUAAUUGUACAUAAUUCAAUGUGCCACGCCUUUACGGCCACUGUCACAUAGCUGUGAUCAUGUCAUAACAUGUUUAUAAACAUGUCACACACGUCACUCGUAGCGAUAUGGAGCAUAGCACUACUAUAGUCUACUUAGGAGGUUAUUUAGCCUACCUAGGAAGUGAAUUGCUGUGGUGUUCUUGGAAUAUGGUACUAAACACUACCAGCUGGAUAAAAAGUGUUAUAUACAUCAUGUAUCUGUUAAUUGGAAUGGAUGAAUUCAUGCAUUCACAUUUUGCCUAAUGUUAUUACUGAUAUACAGCAGUAGGGAUGUGUUUUAUGAGAAGCUCUGUUGUUGGGUUUGUGUUCACAAAGCAAGUAGGUAGGCUGAUCUAGGAUCAAGUCCCCCCAUCCAUAUAAUCGUAUUCAUUAUGAUUUGACAAAAAUACAAAACUGAUCCUAGAUCAGCACUCUACUCUGCUAUGCUUUAUAAAUAAGGGCCCAGGUAUUGUGGAGGCCUCCUGCCCUCUGCAGUAACUGGGGAGCCCCCUGAUACUGUUGUGAUUUGCACAUCACUGGUCAGUCAGCUUGAUGCAGUGCGUGAAUUGGGCCAGUACACACAGGUACUGAUAACAGGCACCUCGAAUACUGUACUGUUUUAGUACUGGCCCCUCUUAUAUUGGCUUAAAUAUAUGAUGAGUACUGGCACCCAAAAUGAGUACCGUACCGGCACCUAUUUCAGUUCACUUCAAGCACUGGUUGGAUGACUGGGAAAUGGAAGCUGUUACAGACGGACUGACUGCAGUAUUUGGGAUAGCAGUUGGGGAGGGUCAAAGAAUGUAGCCUGGUUAAACCAGCCUGAACGCUAUGCUCUCACCAUUGUUUCGAGUGCUGCAUUCAGUCUGGUUUAACCAGGCUACAAAGAAUGUUUCUUUUUAAAAUACAAAAUAGUUCAUAUAGCUUUGAUCUCACACUCCUACCCACAUUGUUUUUUAACUGAGUGACAUACACAUUUUUUAUGUAUACAUUGAUAUAAUCGUAUUAAAGGUGCUUGAAGAGAAUA